AUGUCUGGAAGAGAGGGGGGGAUGGUGAUGGAGGAGGAGGUGAUGGUGAACAGGAAGGUGGUGCUGAAGCACCAUCUUCCGCCGGACAGAAUGCCCAAGGAGAGCGACAUGGAGCUGGUGGCGACGGACACAGUGCGGUUGAGGGUGCCGUCGGGGUCGACGGCCGUGCUCGUCAAGAACCUCUACCUGUCCUGCGAUCCCUACAUGCGCUCUCGCAUGACGAAGCACGACGAGCCCAGCUACGUCCCCGACUUCGUCCCCGGCACGCCAAUAAGUUCUCAUGGUGUGGGCAAAGUUCUGGAUUCUGGGCAUCCAGAUUUUAAAGUAGGUGAUUAUGUGUGGGGGAUGACGGGUUGGGAAGAGUAUAGCCUCAUUACAUCAACAGAGCACCUCAUCAAGAUCAACCACACUGAUGUACCUCUUUCUUACUAUAUUGGUAUUCUUGGCAUGCCAGGACUCACUGCUUAUGCAGGAUUCUACGAGAUAUGCUCCCCUAAGAAAGGUGAAUAUGUAUUCAUAUCAGCAGCAUCAGGUGCUGUUGGCCAACUUGUGGGGCAAUUCGCGAAGCUAAUGGGCUGUUAUGUAGUUGGAAGUGCCGGCUCUGAUGAAAAGGUCAAUCUACUGAAAAAUAAGUUGGGCUUUCAUGAGGCUUUCAACUAUAAGAAAGAACCAGAUCUGAAUAAAGCUCUGAAAAGGUGUUUCCCAGAGGGUAUCGAUAUCUACUUUGAAAACGUAGGUGGUGCGAUGCUUGAUGCUGUUCUUGCCAACAUGAGACUCAAUGGCCGAAUUGCUGUAUGUGGGAUGAUUUCUCAGUACAACCUCGGAAAGCAUGAUGGUGUGCACAACCUGCUUGCCCUGAUCGCCAAGUGUAUCCGCAUGCAAGGGUUCUUGGUAUCCAACUACUACAAAUGCUACAGAGAGUUUGAGGAGAAAGUAGUGCAGUACAUGAAGGAAGGGAAGAUUGUGUACAUAGAAGACAUAGCUGAAGGACUCGAGAAUGCUCCUUCGGCACUCACAGGCCUUUUUGCCGGUAGAAAUGUCGGCAAACAGUUAAUUGUUGUCGCUCGCGAGUAA